AUGGUAUGGGCGAAAUCCCCAGUAAGUGGCGAGGGAUAUGUCAAGAAGGAGAUGCCUUCAACUCUUCACACUGCAACAGGCAAGUAUCGUAGUAACAAAAAAGAGAACAAGGUUCCAGGAAUCUUAUCUGCAAGAGAUGACGACGGCCAUGGGACACACACAGCUUCCACUCUCGCAGGCAGAUUGGUCCAAAACGCCUCAGUUGUGGGGAGAUUUGCCCAGGGAACUGCGGCAGGAGGAGUUCCAGGGGCGAGGCUUGCAGCAUACAAAGCUUGCUGGGGGGGAGACGAUGGGUAUUGCCAUGAGAGUGAUUUGAUUGCUGCGAUGGAUCAAGCAGUGCACGAUGGAGUGGACGUUAUAUCAAUGUCUAAUGGAGGUGAGGAAUAUGUUAAUGACGUGGUAGCUCUUGCUGCUCUUUCCGCGGUCAAGAAAGGUGUCACCGUUGUGGCUUCUGCUGGAAACGAAGGCGUCAAAGGAAUGGGCAAUAGUGACCCAUGGUUCAUCACAGUUGGUGCUAGUAGUAUGGAUCGAUGGGGAUCAGCUCGAUUGUCUUUAGGCAAUGGCAUGACUUUCACGGUCCAGGGGAAAAUUGUCCUGUGCAUGCGAAAGCGUGGUAAAGAUAUCCUUGCUCAAAGCUCUGAGGUGAGGGAUGCUGGUGGUGCCGGCAUGAUCUUGUAUGAAGAUGUUAAAAACGAGCAAGAGCUGAUGGAUGAUUGGCAUUACGUGCCCUCUAUACACAUCUCAGCAAAGGAUGCUCUCGCACCGGACAUCACAGCACCUGGUGUUGAUAUUUUAGCAGCAUGGCCUCCAAAUGUGGAUCUGGAUGAAGGCAGAGGACGUGGAAAUUUCAACUUCCAGUCUGGAACUUCAAUGUCAUGCCCUCAUGUUGCUGCUUAUAUUGGUAAUGGGCUCGCGAAUGGAACACCAAAUGAUUUUGGAAGCGGUCAUAUCAAUCCAAACGCGGCAGCACAUCCGGGUCUGAUAUACGAUCUUGACUACAACAAAAUCCCAGUGAAAGCUUUUGGCGCCAACAAGAUCCUGAGCAACCUCAACUUUCCGUCGGUAGGAAUCUCCCGGUUCCACACGAAAUACACCGUGAAGAGGACUGGCAAUCCCAAUCGUUUCUAG